GGGUCGAAGGGCUUCACCCAGGCUAGUGACAUGCGCAAAAUAGAGCCUCUGCGCUAGCAAGACCGUAGUGCGUGCUCCGCUGGAGUACACCCUACUCGAGGUCGGCCUGUCUCUUACAAAACACUACGGAUCUAGAGGAGUCAACCUCGAUAAAAUAAACUCUGCAAGGGCUCAUUAUGAUGAGUGUAGGAGGCGGCGACUCCUGGAAAUCCUAGCUGAACCUCUCCUUCCUUCAACCAGUCUUGGGCGAGGUUCCUUUCACCCACACUCCUUCCUCCUUCGCCUAUCUUGGCAAAAUCUCUUAUAUCUCUCCCUCUUUUCGCCUUUCUUGGCAAUCUUCUUCUCACGGGCACAGGGGAGGCGGCUGUGCCCUUCUCCUCUUGGCCGACUCUUCGGCUACCGCGUCUCCCAACCCCAAGGUGUAGCUCCAUCGCGCCGACGGGGUGCAUGGCACAGGGAUGAGAUAGUGUGUCGCGAGCGAUGCCCGCCGGACCAGGCAAACCGGCGGGGAAGAUGCCUUACUCCUGCAAGCGGGGCUCUGCAGGAAUGGACCGAAAAUUCCCUUGCUACUCGUGGGAACGACAUGGACGAAAAUAAAUCAAAAAAACAAAUAGCAGCAGGAAGCAGCAAAACGGAAACGCUAUCGAGAGAAGAGGAACAGGCGCUAGUAUUCGGUAGAAGAGACUCGCUACAACGUUCACCGGUAAGGAGGCUGGAGAGUGCAAGUGUAAGUGGUAACCUAGGAGAGGAAGCUCCGACAGGAAGCGAUGUGGAUCAAGAGAUCUUCUGGCAGGAGGACACAUUCGGAAGCAGCGUACUCAACCUGAGUGAGAGCGAUGGUGUAAAGCACGCUGAGGAUGCAGGAAGAGAGCAGGAGGUGGAAGAGGGAGAUUUCAUAGCUCAAAGAAAAAGAAACAAGAGGAAAAGAUGGGAGUCGUCACUCCAUGGGCAGGAGCCGAAGAAAAUGGAGGUGGAUGCGACAGAAUUCAAAAACUUGAUGGAGAAGCUGAGGAAAAGCAGCGAGCGGCUGGGAAAACUGGUCGGGAGCAAUCCAAAUACCCAGAGGGGGAUUAAGAGAGAGAUAGAAGAUUUGGCAUAUAUAGUUGAGAGCGUAAACAGGAGAUGCGGAGAGUGGGAAUCCUCCCCUAUGAUUGGUCAACCGGUGACUCCUACGAAGGAAGAGAAAGAGACUAAGAUAGAAGAACUGAAGACGACGAAGCAAACCAGGGAGUGGGGCACACAAACAUACUGCAUCGAACCGGAGGAACUAGAAAGAGCGACGGACUUUGAUACCACUGCAGCAUUACUGUUGAAAGAAUGGCCAGAAGAUAUGUACAAGGCGACAGGAUUGAAAAAAGGAAGCCCUACCAACUAUAUAGAGGAGAAGGACAUAGCACUAGUGAUCGACCCGGAAGAUGAUGGGACGGGGAAGACCAUGAGUUUAAUGAAGGAGAAAUUCCCUGAGGCGAAGGAGCUACUUAACACUCUGAGGGAUGGUGAGCUGGAGUACCUGAUGAGGGCAACAAAAACGUACACAAGUAGGGGAGAUGAUAAGGAGAGAACUGGGUAUGUGUACCUGCUACCGCACACGAAAGAGGUGGAAGAAGAGAAGGAAACUAAGAAGAUGUAUACCACUCUCGUCAAACUCAAGGAGACGCUGGUGGCAGAAAAAAGGAGAGAGAUAACCAUAGCUCUGAUAGAAGGGAUGGACAGAGACCGUGCAAGGAAAAUGCUGGAGUGCGUGCUCCAUGGAACGGACAUAAAAGCGAUCAUCCUAUACGCAGAAGAUAAGAGGGUACGGUCUGGUUAUAAUAGACAGAAAAGCCGACUGCCUGUGGAAACUGUGACGGUGAGGGCUGAGGGCAAAUCCUAUGCCGAGUUGUUACGCACUGUUAAAGAUAAUAUCGAUAUUGGACAAAUUGGGGUGAAUAUAUCCGGUAUCAGGAAAUCGGUAAGGGGAGAUGGAGUGAUCUUUACAGUGGAGGAAGGCAAGGGUAUGGCAAGAACCCUUAAGGAAAAUAUCGCUGAAAAAAUCCAGGUAGAUGAGGUCAGAGCGAAAACAAAUGGCAAAAUCUUAUUCCUGACUGGCGUUGAUGCGGCCGUGACAGCGGAGGAAAUCGCCGAAACUAUUGGGAGGGAAACAGGAGAGGAACAAUCCAACAUACAGGUGAAGACGUUGAAACAGGGGAAUUACGGGAGCCAAUCAGCGACGUUGGAACUGCCAGAACUAGCGGCGCGAAAUCUAGCUACCAAGGGCAAUAUCAAGAUAGGAUGGACAAGUUGCAAAAUACGAGAACGAAUCACUCUCACAAGAUGCUACAGAUGCCUAGAAUUUGGACACCGGUCGCAGGAAUGCAAGGGGGAAGACUUGUCACAGACGUGCAUCAAAUGCGGCAAGGACGGGCAUAGGGCGAGAGAAUGUACAGAACAGCCAUAUUGCACCAAAUGCAAAGUAAGCGGCCACAGAUCGGACCAGACAAGGUGUCCAGACUUCCGAAGGCUCCUGGAAGCCAGCAGGAAUGGGAACAGGCGGCGAUAAAAAUAUGUUGAUAAUGCAGGCGAACCUGAAUCGCUCCAGAGCGGCACACGACAUGGCACAUUUAGCGGCAGCUGAUCAAAAAGUAGAUAUACUGGUGAUCUCGGAACCAAAUAAGAAGACGGUGACAGACUCAGGCAGGUGGAUAGUAGACAGAAGGUCUGAUGUAGCAGUAUAUUUCAGGAACAGGAAGGUGACAGUGCUGAAAACGUACAAGAGACAGGGCUAUCUGGCCGUACAGAUGGAAAAUUUUUACCUGGUGUGUGGCUACAUAUCCCCUAAUAUCAACAUGGCGGAGUUCAAGAAUAGGGUGGAUCAAAUACUGGACUUCUGUAGAAACACAAGGAAGGAGUGCCUGAUUAUGGGGGACCUGAAUGCAAAGUCGGAGCAUUGGGGGUCACCAACCUCAGAUGAAAGGGGCGAGUACCUGGCAGACGGGAUAGCAGCGGCAGACCUGAUCGUACAUAACACAGGAGGGAAACCGACUUUUGUGCGGAGAGAUCAGAGCUCCUUCAUUGAUGUGACAAUAUCUACGAAUCGACUGGCCAGAAAGAUUAAAAACUGGAGAGUGUCUGAAGAAGAGAGUUUGAGCGAUCACCAGUUCAUCUACUUUGAGAUCCAGGGAAAACAAAAUAAAAUGCGGGAAGGACGUCGGCAGGUAAUAGUCGACUGGGAAGCGUUUCGAACCCUAGUAGAAUGGGGGGCCCCAAUCGCUACCACUCCUGACUCAGGGAUACGACUGAUUACGGAGGCGUAUACAAGUUGUAUAGCGAGAGGCAGGGAGGGAAUCAAGAAGUACCCCUACUGGUGGAACGAGGAAAUUAAUGAC